AUGCCAACUGCUCGCUCGGGACGGCACCCGGGACAGGGGAGCCCUACGCCGAUCGUUUUGACGUUGGGACCCAAGAUCUUGGAUAUAAAAGAUGUCAACGCGCUCGGAAUCAACAUCAGCAUCAGCAUCAGCAUCAGCAUCAGCAUCCGCAUCGGCAUCUCAACAGCAGUCAAUAACUCACUAAACAACCAACCUCACUCCAACCAAACCCAACUUCUCAAACACCAACCCGUCACUAUGCAGCUCACCGCUUUCGCCCUCCUCGCCGGCGCCAUCGCCUCGGUCACCGCGACCGGCACGAACGCCCAAGCCGGCGCGCGCAAAUUCAGCCUCGUGGCGCUGCAUUCCGGCACAAAGAUCCACUCGAGCAACCUCAGCGCGACCAAGAACAAGCUUUUUGUGUCGCUGCCCAAGGACAGGCAGGACGCGCAGUGCAGCGACAACCAGGUGCACGACCGUGCCACGCUAUACGUGGCGGACGGCGAGCUGUUCUUGUACAAUGGCGAGGGCAACGAGCAGCAGAAGUUCGUGGUUGAUAUGUCUGGGAUGGGCGGGGGCAACCUGCAGUACUUCAACGCCGCCGGCGGCGCGCCCAGCGCCCCCUUCGAGACCAAGGGCUGGGAGAUCAACUCCUCCAAUGCCUUGACCUUCAAGGGCGCCAACCUGCUGGCCUGCUCCGUCCCCGACGGCUCGUAUGCCGUGUACGUCUACAGCGGAAACGACCACCCGGCCAACCACAAGGACUGCAUCCCCUUCCAGGCCUCGUCCAUCAUUGUACCCCACCCUGUUGCGUGCGAGUACAGCACCUUCUAA